UGUCUUUUUUUAAAAAGUUUUGAAUCUUCUUCAUCGUGCCAUGCAACUUGAGGGGCAAAAGUCAACCGUCAGAUCUAAGCAGCUUUGGGCCGUUGGAUAUAUAGAACUGUGUCGCUGAUUUGUCCGUUCAGGUCGCUUACCUACACAACCUGUCUGUCUGCUGAAACAACCUCACCUCUAUUAAGCACUCGGGCACAAGCUGGUCUAAACCGCCGGGGUCCAGGAAAAACGUUUAAACUAUGAUAUAAUUAGUCUGGGUGCUUCUACAUAUUUGAAGGAGACACUAACUGCAUUGCUUGAAUUUCAGAGUCAUUUUUUUGGGAAAUCGGAAAGCGCAUUCAGAAAACAUUUUGUCUCUACGACUCUCCGCGGGUCUGGUGCUGAUCUCCUGCAACAACAAAAACAUCAGUCCUGGAUGGGUCUCACUCAAGAAGAGGAAACGUAGCGAUUUUUAGCACAGACCAGACACCGGACCACGCGUGCUGCAGGACGACCGGGAAUAAUGCAUAGAUGAAACCCCGUUCCAGUAACGCCGUUCUCGCACGGAAAAGGCGUCGCAGAGGGAAUUUGUCUCCGGGCGACAAUGUCAGACAACUUCACCGAUUUCGAAUUCAACAACACGACGCCGCCGGUGGCUGCUGCCGUGGCUCCAGACUACAACUUUCCAGCUCUUAUAUUCGGGAUAUUGCUAAUCAUUGUGAUUAUCGGUGGAAAUGUGCUUGUGUGUCUUAGUGUUUACAUGGAAAAAGCUUUAAAAACUACAACAAACUAUUUCAUUGUGAGUUUGGCUGUUGCGGACCUACUCUUGGCAGUGCUGGUGCUGCCACUGUUCGUGUUCGCAGAGUUCCAGGGUGGUGUGUGGUCCCUGAACAUGAUGCUGUGUGUUGUGUUCAGUUCCAGGGUGGUGUGUGGUCCCUGAAUAUGAUGCUGUGUGUUGUGUUCAGUUCCAGGGUGGUGUGUGGUCCCUGAACAUGAUGCUGUGUGUUGUGUUCAGUUCCAGGGUGGUGUGUGGUCCCUGAAUAAUGAUGCUGUAUGUUGUGUUCAGGUCCAGGGUGGUGUGUGGUCCCUGAACAUGAUGCUGUGUGUUGUGUUCAGUUCCAGGGUGGUGUGUGGUCCCUGAAUAAUGAUGCUGUAUGUUGUGUUCAGGUCCAGGGUGGUGUGUGGUCCCUGAACAAUGAUGCUGUGUGUUGUGUUCAGUUCCAGGGUGGUGUGUGGUCCCUGAACAUGAUGCUGUGUGUUGUGUUCAGUUCCAGGGUGGUGUGUGGUCCCUGAACAAUGAUGCUGUGUGUUGUGUUCAGUUCCAGGGUGGUGUGUGGUC